AUGAAGCGCAAGCGUUUCGAUGCGACAAUCCUGCAGCAGGACCCUUACCUUGUGCUCGGUGUCGAACCGACAGCCACGGCGAAGGAAAUAAAAGCAGCCUAUCGCAGGAGAGCGCUAAGAUAUCAUCCAGACAAAAACACCGACAAGGUAAAAGCAGCGGAGCUCUUCCACCAGUUAUCUCAGGCUCUGGAGGUGCUAACCGAUGCUGCUGCCAAGGCUGCCUAUGACCAAAUUUGUGCUGCCGAAAAACAAGCAGAAGAACGAAACCGCAAACUUGAUGACAAGAGAAAGAAGAUUAAGCUUGACCUUGAGGAAAGAGAACGACGAGCAGAAGCUCAGACCCAAAAUGAAGAGCAAAUAACAAGGACAUUUGAAGAAGCGCUCACUCGUUUGAGGGAGGAGGGAUCCAGGCAGCUUGAGGAAGAACAGAGGCUCAUCAAAGAGCAGAUUCAAAGGGAAAGAGAAGAGCAGUAUUACAGUCACAGAAACUCUGGAAUUGGGAGGUGUUCCAGGAGCAACGUCACUCCUAAAUUGAAGUUGAAGUGGAAGUGUGAAAAGGAUGAUGGUACAAAUGGUGGCUACUGUCAAGAAUUCAUUCUUCAACUUUUACAAAAGUACGGAGAUGUUUUGAACGUGAUCGUCUCAACAAAGAAGCAAGGAAGUGCAGUUGUUGAAUUUGCGACCGUAAGGGCAGCUGCGCUGGCAGUAAAGAAUGAAAAUGGCCUGAGUGAAAAUCCGUUGAAGAUUUCUUGGUUGGAAGGUCAGCCUGAAGUUGAUCCUGCAUCUGAAUUCACGUCCACACAGGGCUCCUUGUCCAAUGAACGCGACUACGAGAGUGUUGUGAUGAUGAAGAUGAGGCAGGCUGCUGAGCGACAGCGUCUCAUUCAGCAAAUGCAAAUGGAGGAAGAGGAUUGA